AUGCAUCAACUUUUGAAUUUUUCAAAAGCGGCUUCAAAUCUCCUCAGCAUAACAAAAUCUUUCAAAGUUGGAAGUUACCACGAAGUUCAAGUUAGCCUUGAAGUCAACCAAUUCACUGUCGAUCUAGAUAAGCCCCUUGUCUUCCAGGUUGGCCAUCUAGGAGAAGCUUAUGAAGAAUGGGUCCACCAGCCUAUUGUAAGCAGGGAAGGCCCUCGGUUUUUUGAGAGUGAUUUUAUGGAGUCCUUGACACGCACAGUUUGGUGGGCAAUUCCAUCUAUUUGGCUGCCUGUUAUAUGCUAUUUUGUCUUAAAAUCUGUAAGGAUGGGCCAUACGCUUCCCGAGGUAGCCUUAAUUGUGGUUGGUGGUGUUUUCAUUUGGACAUUGCUCGAAUACACUUUGCAUCGCUUCCUUUUCCACAUAAAAACAAAAAGCUAUUGGGGGAACACAAUGCAUUAUCUUCUUCAUGGUUGUCAUCAUAAGCACCCUAUGGAUGGUCUCCGCCUUGUUUUUCCUCCAGCAGCAACAGCUAUUCUCUUGGUGCCCUUCUGGAACAUGGUCAAGUUGUUUUCUACUCCUUCAACUACUCCUGCUCUUUUUGGAGGUGGUUUACUGGGCUAUGUGAUAUACGACUGCACUCAUUACUACCUGCACCAUGGUCAGCCCGCAAAUGAAGUACCAAAAAAUCUCAAGAAAUAUCACAUGAAUCAUCACUUCCGGGUGCAAGAUAAGGGCUUUGGAAUCACUUCAUCAUUGUGGGACAGAGUGUUUGGAACACUUCCUCCAUCAAAAGUGGCAAAGAAAAUAUAGAUUAUUUAAUUGGAAGCCUAGUAGUCAAUCUAGCAAGGGCCAGACCAAAUUUUUUAACCA